GAGAGAGAGAGAGAGAGAGAGAGAAAAAGAGAGAGAGAGAGAGAGAGAGAGAUGGAGCAGCGGGCAUGGACGGAGCAGGACUUUUUGAGCUGCUGCGGCAGCAAGAGAUUCGCCAAGGAGAUGGUGUCGUCCUCCCCCUUCCCCGACCUCGACCACGCCCUCCAAACCGCCAGGCUCAUCUGGUUCAACAAGGUCGACGUCCAUGGCUGGCUCGAGGCCUUCGCCGCCCACCCAGCGAUCGGCGCCUCUUCCCCCUCCAUCUCCCAGUGGAGCAAGGAGGAGCAGUCCGCGGCUGCAGCGACUGCAACGGAUUCCGCCCUGCGGGAAUUGGUGGAGUGGAACGAGAGAUACAGGGAGAAGUUUGGAUUUGUGUUUCUCAUAUGCGCAUCCGGGAGGGGCACGCCGGAAAUUUUAGCUGAAUUGAAGAAACGCUACCUGAAUCGGCCAAUCGUUGAAUUUGAGAUAGCAGCACAGGAGGAGAUGAAAGUAAUUGAAUUGCGCCUUGCAAAGCUUUUUGCAUCUGUGAGCAGAACAAUACCUUCAGCUUCCACAGAGCUUCCUAGUAGUCCAUCAAAUAAACCCGCAGCCCGUAUAGGAAUGAUCAAUGCACAUCUUUCGGCUGUGCCUAAGGAAUCUACACCAGAAGGCCCUCAAAUUACAGGUAGUGUCGUUCCACGCACUCGACCUCCCAUCACAACCCAUGUCUUGGAUGUGGCUCGUGGUUCUCCAGCCUCCGGCAUGGAAGUACACCUUGAAAUGUGGAAGAACGCUCAAAAUAACCCAGCUUUCACUAACCGAGAUUCUACCAACUGGGUCACUAUAGGCACUUCGCAUACAAACACCGAUGGUCGGAGUGGUCCUUUGAUGAGCAUUGUCAAUUAUAUCACACCAGGCUUCUAUCGGAUAAGUUUCGACACAGGGAAUUAUGCGCCUUCUGGUUUCUUCCCUUACGUUAGCAUUGUCUUUGAGGUUAAAGAGAACCAGAAGUCGGAGCACUUCCAUGUCCCUUUGUUGCAUUCGCCUUUCUCGUUCACUACAUACCGCGGGAGCUAGGCUGUUCCUCAAAUAAGAGAUUCCAAGUACCGUAUGUGUGGUUGAUUAUAGCAGCAGCAUUAUGAAAGCUGUUUAUGUUGUAAUGUUAUUGGUUUUGAACAGAUCAUUGGCCUGUCAUGGUAGAGCAAUUCAGAUCACUCUUACUGAAAAUUUCUCUAGCUUGCUGCUUUGCCGACGAUGCCAGAAUCGCCAAUUUCUUACGGCACUAAGAUUGAGCAGUUUGAUUUAUCCGCGUCUGGAGAGUAGUUUGUUC